UCAAGUUCAGGCAGACGUUGGAAAUUAUUUGCAGCACAGCAGCGGGAGUUUCAUUCUAAUAAAAAUCAAAAUGUUGAAGCAAGCUACCAAACAAUUGGCUAUCCAAUCCAUGAGGAGUUUCUCCACCUCCAGACAGAACAACUAUAAGGUUACUGUCUGUGGUGCCUCUGGUGGUAUUGGUCAACCCUUGUCAUUGCUUUUGAAGCAAAAUCCUUUGGUUACCUCCUUGUCUCUCUACGACAUUGUCCACACUCCCGGUGUUGCUGCUGAUUUGUCUCACAUCGAUACCAAGAGCAGCACUCAUGGUUAUAUUGGUGCUGACCAAUUGGGUGAUGCCCUGAAGGGCGCUGAUGUUGUUGUCAUUCCUGCCGGUGUACCACGUAAGCCUGGCAUGACCCGUGAUGAUCUUUUCAAUGUCAAUGCCGGUAUUAUUAAGGAUAUUGCCGCCACCAUUGCCAAGCAAUGCCCCAAGGCCAUGGUUGCCAUCAUUACCAACCCAGUCAACACCUGUGUGCCAAUUGCUGCCGAAAUUUUGAAGAAGGCAGGUGUCUAUGAUCCCAAGCGCUUGUUUGGUGUUUCCACUUUGGAUGUUGUACGUGCUCGUGCCUUCAUUGGCGAAGCCUUGGGUGUUGAUCCCCAAAAUGUAAACAUCCCCGUCAUUGGUGGUCACUCCGGUGUUACCAUUAUGCCAAUUUUGUCUCAAUGCCAACCCGCUUUCAAGGGUAGCGCUGACACUAUCGACAAAUUGACCAAGCGUAUCCAAGAAGCCGGUACCGAGGUAGUCAAGGCCAAGGCUGGCGCUGGUUCUGCCACCUUGUCCAUGGCCUAUGCUGGUGCUCGCUUCGCCGGCUCUUUGCUCAAGGGUUUGGAUGGCCAAAAGAACGUUGUCGAAUGCUCCUAUGUACAAUCCACUGUUACUGAAGCUGCCUUCUUUGCCACUCCCUUGGUUUUGGGCAAGAACGGUAUUGAAGAAAACUUGGGCUUGCCCAAAUUGAACGAUUAUGAGAAGAAAUUGUUGGAAGCUGCCAUUCCUGAACUCAAGAAGAACAUUCAAAAGGGUGUUGAUUUUGCUAAUGCCUAAAUUUCUGUAAUACCAACCAUCAUGCAUUAA